UCAGGUUUUUGGCCCCCUGCCCCAGUUCCUAGAGAGAAGUGGACUGCGGUGUGAGGGGAUGCAGAGGGUCACUUCGUAAGAGACUUUUCCGAACCACUGCUGAGGUGUGGUGGUCUUGCUGGCGCUUUUACAGUUACCAAAGCAUCACACAGGUGGGUGCUACAUUUCAUACUGGACGAUCCGGUUACGGAGGAGGAGUUAUGACAAUCAAAAACGACGAGGAGCUCCGUGGCCUGUCUGUCAGAUGUCUGACUCUACCACAGGAGCUGGCCCCACCAAUCCCUACCAUUAUGCCUGCUCUACUAGAGAGGCCCAAACUGUCCAAUGCCAUGGCACGCGCCCUGCACAAGCACAUCAUGCGCGAGCGAGACCGCAAGAGACAAGAGGAAGAAGAAGUAGACAAAAUGAUGGAGCAGAAGCAGAAGGAGGAGGAGGAAAGGAAGAGGAAGAAAGAGGUGGAGGAGAGAAUGUCUUUAGAUGAGACGAAAGAGCAGAUCAUGAAGAUGGGGGAGAAGCUACAGGGGCUACAAGAGGAGAAACACCAGCUCUUCCUCCAGUUGAAGAAAGUGCUCCAUGAGGAGGAGAAGCGACGGAGGAAAGAACAGAGUGACAUGACAACCCUGACAUCUGCUACUUACCAGCCCAGCAUGGCUAUCCACUCCCACUCAGGACAACACCUGCUCAGCAUGCAAGCGAGUCAAGUGAGUCACGGCCGGUCUGCUGCUCUUCUUGGAGAACGCAGUAAACAGCUCUUCCAGUCCCCUGUCCUUCCGGGGCGUCACUACCAGAGCCAACCAGGGAUGAGCUCCGGGGGCUUGGAGCAUGGGCAGUAUACAGCCAGCCAGGCAGCCCACGGCCCCUACGGCCAGCUCACCCAGGCACAGCACGCCUCUCCCUUCGCCCCCAGCCAGACUGUUCCUGUCAGCUACGCCAGCAGCUCACAGCUCAGAGGUGCCUCAGCCUUCCAAGCCAUGCAGUACCUGCCUCACCAACAGCAGGGCUACGCUGUACACAGCCACUUUACCUCCCAGCCAGGAUUUAUCCCUAGUGCUGGGAUCCCUCUGCAGAAGCAGCUGGAACAUGCCAAUCAACAAUCUGGCUUCACUGACUCUAGUGCUCUACGGACCAUGCACCCUCAGGCGCUUCAUGCCAGUGCUGCAGGCCUGCUGCCUACCCCCUCCCUCGCAGUGCAGAUCACUCCUGCCAAGUCUGGCUUGCCAUACACCAAUCCCCCCCGCCCGGCCUCUCCAGGAAGCUUCACCCAUGGAACUCCUCCACAGCAGGCUCACCCAGCAACGUUUCAGAGCUCUCCUCAACCCGCUCCUCGGCAUGCCUACCUCUCCCACAGCCAAUCAGGACAGAGGUUCUACCACCACACCAAGUAAACUGGCUCAACCACCACCAGCAAUUAGGGAUUGGCAUCGCUCUCCUCACAGAUUUAUUCUUCAACUGCUUAAAUAGUACAUCUAUUUCUUCUGCCAAAAUGUUGCAUUGCAUCCGAUAAUGUGUAUGUUGACUACUUUCACUAUGCAUUAGCAUGUUUUUUUUCUAUAUCAGUAUUUCAAUAGUUAAGCGUUCUGUUUCAUGCAGGGUGUGUCUCAAUCAUGACAUACAGUGGGGGGAAAAAGUAUUUAGUC